UCCGCUUCUGGUCCUUGGUGAUUUCAACAUUCAUCUAGACAAGCCACAUGCAGCUGACUUGCUCUCCUUCCCACAUUUGACCUCAAGCAGUUCACCACACCAGCAACCCACAAAGCCGGCAAACAGCUUGACCUCAUCCUCACACAUGCGAUCACAGGUAGCAGUAGAUGAGAGUGAGAAGAUCUUUACUGAGAUGAUCAGCUCCAUGGAGAAAAAGCGCUCGGAGGUGAAGGGGCUGAUCAGAGCUCAGGAGAAAGCUGAACUGAGUCGAGCUGAACGACUCCUGAAGCAACUGGAGCAGGAGAUUGCUGAUCUUAAGAGGAGAGUCACUGAGCUGGAGCAGCUUUCACACACACACGAUCACAUCCACUUCCUCCAGAGUUUCCUGUCUCUCUGUGUUUCUCCUGGAUCUGAGGACUCACCCAGCUUCACUGUCCAUCAACAUCUCUCAUUUGAUGGAGUGAGGAAAUCUCUCUCAGAUCUGAAAAAACGAGUGGAGGAAAUCUGUGAGGAGGAAUUCAACAAAAUCCGUCCACAAGCUGCAGCAGUUCAGAUGAUUUUACUCUCAGAAUCAGAAUACAGAGGAGAUUUUCUGCAGUAUUUCUGUUAUCUGACUCUGGAUCCCAACACAGUACAUCAUCACCUCAUUCUGUCUGAGAAGAACAGAGUGGUGAAGCACAGUGGGAGAAAACAGCGAUACUCUGAUCAUCCAGAGAGAUUUGACCCCUUGUAUCAGGUGUUGUGUAAGGAGAGUGUGUGUGGAUGCUGUUACUGGGAGGUGGAGUGGAGCGGUGAUGGUGUGGAAAUAUCAGUCUCAUAUAAAGAGAUCAGCAGGAAAGGACGGGGUAAAGAGUUUGGGUUUGGAUGCAACAGUCAGUCCUGGAGUCUGUGGUGUUCUUCUUCCUCUGUCUGUUUCUGGAACAAUGGCAUUGACACUGAUCUCCGAGGUCCAGCGUCCUCCAGAAGAGGAGUGUAUGUGGAUCACAGUGCAGGAAUUCUGUCCUUCUACAGCGUCUCUGACACGAUGAAGCUCCAUACUACAUUCAUUCAGCCUCUAUACGCUGGGUUCAGGAUGAGGGGUUCUGACUCGACUGUGAGGUUCUGUGAUCUGAAAUGAAAUGUUGGUAAAAAAUUUUUAGUAAAAUUAUAACUGAGGUGUUAGAUUUAUUUUCUCCCCGAGUUAGAAUGGCACUUUUGUGUGUAGAAACUGUUACAGCCAUUUUGCAAUUUGUUAUUGUAGAGUUGGAAUUUGGGGUUGUUUGGUGCAGCAACCAGCUAGCGUAAUCUAUUAUUUGGGAUUGUGUUACAUUUUGUAAAGUUUGGUGCUGUGUAUGGUCGUGGGUUACGUGUGGUGCAAGAGGACUAUAUAUGACGUAGGUUAACCUUCUGACAGGACACACGGAAAUGGAGAGCUGGGAAGUACACCUUUUUUGACCAUGCUCCUGCACGGCAAUUCAGAACAAGUCAUUUUACGUUAAUUUUAACAGCAAGGUUCAUUUUUUUCCUGUCAAGAAAAUAAUGGACUUUCAUAUCAACGGUAUGUGAGGAGAGUGCGUUAAUCCAACCAGGCAUCGAACAAAUCGCCGACACAGUAACAGUUCCACAUUAUUAUUAUGUUUUGAAUAAAUAAUUACAUUAUGACAGUGUUUUAGUUCCAUGUAAAAAUAAAUUUAAAAAAUGAAGAUUAGGAGAAUAAAGUGAAAAUGACAUGGCGGUAAAGUUGGUUUUAUAUGUAUAUAGACUAAUACAUGUUUUAACACACUGCUAGCAUGAUUUAGAUAUAGAUAUAACUAUCUGUCUCUCAAUCUAUCCAGCUA